AUGGCUCGUGAAGGCAAAGCUAAUACUGGGCUCAGGUCAUCAUUGAUCAACGCCUUUCAAACGAGUCGAGACCUGAAUCAAUUCGCAGAACUAGUUCCGACAAAAGUACCUGAAGGAAUCGCCGACUACAUCGCCGACAGCGCUGCCGACGUGGUCGCAGAGAAGUCGAAGCUGAUCAUUCCUCAUGCGUCAGACAAUAUAACCGCUCAGCCUGUCGCCAGCAUCGCCUCCGGCUCAUCCUGCUUUUCAGUUCCUGCCAGCAAAGGGUUGGUCCAUACUGUCAAGAAAAUCACCGCAGAGACGAGGCCCAAGAGCAAAGUCGAAGCGGAUGGUAUCAACCUCGUCCGCCCGUCUGCACGUCAAGCCUUUGCAACCGCCAAUCGUCGACGUCUCGAACGCAAGGAGAGUCAUUUGUCGAAGAGACACAUGACUAUGAAUGAACUUGGGCCACGAAGAAACCCCAAGCGCAAGGCGAAUGAGGACAGCAGCCAGCACAUGUACGAGGAAUACUUGCCAGAGAAGCUCGUCGAGGAGGCGUUGCGACCUCUUACAGCGAAUGAGAUUGAGGAAUGGGAAGGCUGGGCAGAGAUCGAGUCGGAACCUGCCAUUUUCAACUUCAUCCUGCAAAAGUUGGGAGUGCAGGGCGUCACAACGAAAGAGCUGCUAUCAUACGAACACUGGGCUCUGAACUCUCUGCCACACCCCGUAUUCGGCUUGAUAUUUCUCUUUCAAUAUGCGCCAGAUUUGGAGGACGGUGACGACGACAACGAUGAUGACGAUGGCGAAGAAGCACCCCUUUGGUUCGCCAAUCAGGCAACCAACAACUCUUGCGCAUCCGUCGCCUUGCUUAAUAUCGUCAUGAACGCAGACGAAGUGGAGCUCGGUGACCAGCUCCAAGCGUUCAAGGACUCAACCAGGGAGCUCCCCGCCCCCUUUCGUGGCCAUCGGGUCGGGUCCAAUAGCUUCAUCAGGACGGCACACAACUCGUUUGUCAAACGCAUGGACCAGCUCAGCGCCGACCUGUUUCUGGCAGACGAGGCCGAGGCAGCGAGGGUCAAGCCUGCCAAGAAGCGACCGACGACGGCGAAGAAGCGCAAGAAGCGACAGUCGCAGGCCACUAGCAAAGGGAAGCCGGAGGCGGACUAUGGAUUCCACUUCAUUGCCUACGUGCCCGCAAAUGGGCACGUGUGGGAGCUUGACGGCAUGAGAACAAAGCCUCGCAGGCAGCACGAUUCAGGGCCGAUCGACUCGGUAGACUGGACCACGACGGCGGGGAUUCGCAUUCAAGAACGAAUCCAACAAUACGACGGCACGCAGAACGAGUUUAGCCUGCUCGCCCUGUGCCGAAGCCCCCUAGUUGUUCUCCGAGCCAGAAUUGCCACUGCCUUGGCAGAACUUGGCCACUUCCAAGACCAAAUACAUGGCAAUGCAAUGUUUGCCGAACUCGUGCCAUUGCUCGAGGGUGUUCUCGACCUUCAGAACCCAGUCGAGCUCGGCGAGUUCGGCCUGCAAGAGUCGGACAUUGUUGAGGCCGAGGUGCCAGUCUCUCGCAAGAUGGAGAUUUGGCAACCAGGUCGCACCAUGGAGGAAGCCUACGCGAUGCACGAGGAAUUAACCUCCGUUGCCAAAAGCGCCUUGGCUAAGUACCGCCAGGAGACUUUUGCAUUGGUCGACGACGAGGAGCGCGUUCUUGGGCGUCGGAGGGACUACACACCUGUCUUGUACCACUGGAUGAAGAAAUUGGCGGAGAAAGGAGUUUUGGAGGAUGUUAUCAAGGCAUCCCAGUAA